GCUGCUGCUACUGCCUCAAGCUAAUGGUAAACAAAGGUUAAUUAAAUUGGAAGGUCGUCAGAGGGAGUAGCAGAAUUGAAUCAAAGUGAGGAGUGCCUCCUCUUCUCUCUUGCUUGAUUGUUAUUCUCAAAGCUUCAAGGCCACAAUGACCAGCAUACCAGAGGACCAAGAACCCAUUUUGGCCAAGAUGGAUGGGAAGUUAACAGUCCAAUCUCCACUGUUGAAACUCAAGCGCUGGCAAUGGUGGCUGUUGGUAGCAAUCAACAUCUUUUUCCUUGUUGCUGGCCAAGCUGCUGCAGUUCUUCUAGGUAGAUUUUACUAUGAUCAAGGUGGAAAUAGUACAUGGAUGGCCACCCUGGUUCAGACUGUUGGCUUCCCAAUUCUUUUCAUCCCACUUUUUCUCCUUCCUUCCGAGAAGGGAGACUCAAAUUUUCAGACCUCACCUUCCGUUAUGACCCUUGGUUUGAUAUACCUUGUUCUUGGAGCAAUGAUUGCUGGUGACAACUUGUUGUGUUCAAUUGGGCUCUUGUAUCUCUCGGCUUCUACAUAUUCCCUAAUUUGUGCCAGCCAGUUAGCUUCUAAUGCAGUUUUCUCUUACUUUAUCAAUUCUCAGAAAUUCACUGCUCUAAUCCUUAACUCUGUGGUCAUCCUCUCGUUAUUUGCUGCUCUGAUUGCGGUAAAUGAUGAUUCAGAAACACCGUCUGGUGUUUCUGAGGGGAAAUACAUCAUUGGCUUCCUUUGCACCCUUGGAGCUUCUGUACUUUACUCUCUCUUGCUCUCCCUCAUGCAGCUUUCCUUCCAGAAGAUCAUCAAAAAGGAAACAUUUUCUGUGGUUUUGGAAAUGCAAAUUUACACUUCACUAGUUGCUACUAUUGUUUCAAUCAUUGGUCUCUUUGCAAGUGGGGAAUGGAAGAGUUUGGAUGGAGAAAUGGACGGUUUUGGAAAGGGAAGAACGGCUUAUGUGCUGACUUUAGUUUUUACUGCUGUGACUUGGCAAGUUUGUUCGGUUGGUGUAGUUGGCUUGAUAUUCAUGGUGUCUUCUCUCUUCUCCAAUGUAAUCAGUACCAUGUCUCUGGCUGUGACACCUAUUGCCUCUGUGAUAGUUUUCCAUGACAGGAUGAAUGGUGUUAAGAUAAUUGCUAUAUUUCUGGCUCUCUGUGGUUUUGCCUCUUACAUUUAUCAGAAUUAUCUUGAUGAUGUCAAGAUAAGGAGAUCACAGACCAAUGUCAAUGAAACCCUUGAUGAUAUGCCAUGCUGAGUAUCUUCAUAUUGAUAGAUCCGGUAACAAUACACAGAAGUUAUAGUAUCAAUUUUCCAUUUGAAUAGGUUUUCUACUGUAGCUGCCGCAAUUCUUUAUUAAUACAGCUAUAUUUCAACU